AUGUUAAACGAAGAGAAGGGAAUUGACGAUAAUCAUCAAGAUUUAGAAGUUGUUUCUACAAGAGAAUUAAAAGGAUGGUAUCUGGCAUCUACAGCGAAUGAACCAUAUGUUAUUGCUGCAAUGUCAGUGUUCAUUCCUAUUAUAUUGGAAACUUAUUCAAGUCAAGCAGGAUUCAAAUUGGAUGAUAGAGAUGUUCCAUGUGAUAUCGAAGUAGAGAAUUAUAAAUGCGUAACAAAAUUUGGAUUUUGGUUUGUUGAUUCAACAAGUUAUUCGUUUUAUAUAAUUGCAAUAUCGGUAUUAGCACAAUGUAUUGUAUACAUUGGAAGUGGAUCGUUAGCGGAUUAUGGAAACAAUAGAAAAAAAAUGCUUAUAGGAUUCUCAUAUGCCGGAGCUCUAUUUACAAUUGCUUACAUAUUGGUCCUUGAACCUAAUAUGUAUUGGUUAGCUGGACUACUGACCAUCUUAUCAAAUGUUUGUUUUGGAGCGGCAACGGUAUUUUGGUUAGCAUAUAUACCUGUGUACACACAUAUUCAUCCAGAAGUAAUGCAAGUUAAACGAAAUAAUAAUGAAAAAGAUGAUGCCACCAAGGAAGAAAUUUAUAAAAUUGAAGAAAAGAUUUCCAACCAAUUAUCAGUUAUUUCCUUGAUAUGGUGUAUACCCGCGGGUGUACUUGUAUUAGCAAUUGGUUCCAUAUUUGCUUUAAUCAUGAAAGACAAAAUAUUAAGUUUAAGAAUCGGUUGUGUUAUCGUUGGGAUUUGGUGGGUAUCAUUCUUAACUUUUCCCGUUUUGUGGAUGAAAAAUCGGGUUGGUCCUCCUUUACCAAAAGUAGGAACCAUUAUAAGGUCCGCAAGACAUCUUGUGGAAACGAUUAAAUUUUUAGUCGCAUGGUUUAUACUCUCAGAUGGAUAUGGUACCAUCACAACAGUUGCAACCUUAUUCGGAAAGAAGGAACUUGGAUUAUCUCAAGUGCAAUUAUUGAUAGCAGCCAUGGUGAUUCCUAUUAGUGCAAUGAUCGGGGCUUAUGUUUUCCUGAAGAUACAAUUGUACUUUAAUUUGAGUACAAAAACGAUGAUUAUAAUAACCGCAUCAUUACACUCUUUAGUACCAUUGUAUGCAUUGUUGGGAUUUAUCGCACCAUUCGGUUUUAAAUACUCGUGGGAAAUUUGGUUAUUCGCCAUUUAUUUCGGUAGUUUGCUUGGCGCGGUACAAAGUUAUUGUAGAGUUUUCUUUGGUAGUAUGAUACCUAAAGGUCAUGAAAAUGAAUUUUUUAGUUUAUAUGAAAUUACGGAUAAGGGAUCAAGUUGGUUAGGUCCCUUGAUGGUGGGAAUUAUUGGGGAUUUGACUCAUAAUUUAAGAAAUGCUUAUUGUCGGUUAUCCGUCCGUCCGUCAGUCCGCGUUUCUUCGAUUUUCGGUUUAGGUUUUAAGGGCCCCGCAAUUUUUUGUAGGUUUACGUCGGUUAUCCGUCCGUCCGUCCGCGUUUCUUCGAUUUUCGGUUUAGGUUUUAAGGGUCCCGCAAUUUUUUGUAGGUUUACGUCGGUUAUCCGUCCGUCCGCGUUUCUUUCGAUUUUCAGUUUAGGUUUUAAGGGCCCCGCAAUUUUUUGUAGGUUUACGAGUCCUUCCGAACGACAAUCAUCCAAUUUGUAUAGGGAAGUAGAACAUGACAUUUUCAACGAAACGGACAACGAGAAGGGCGAUGUAUGGUAUUCACAUAAGAUUAUAAGCGAGAUGGGUCUCCUCAUUGCCUUAAUUGUGACAUCAGAAGUAUAUAUUGUUGAUUAUAACGAAGAUCGAAGUGUUUACGCUACGCCUUGUUCAAAUAGCCCAAUGGAUGAUAAUCCGGAAGGUGAACCAAGAUCAAAGAGACGGGCACUCGCUAAGACUGAUGAUAAGUCAUGUACGUCAUCCGGAACUAAUGAUGAUAGUGUCGGUAUCAUAAAUACAGUAAAGUCAUUUUGGUUAUAUGUUUUUUUCUUUCAUUUUUCGACUCAAACUGACUUUCUAACACUUACGAAGUACACGAGCGAUGAAUUCGAUGAGCAUGAUGAAUCCGACGAAAGUGAUGACGAGUGUGAAACCUUCAAGAGAUAG